AUGGACCUCAAACAAGUAUUUGGCAAAAUUGUGUUUGUAUUAAAGUUGUAUUAUGCAUAUGGCUUUUUAAUGUCAGUUUUCCUCCAAAUCACCAUUCUUCUCAUCAUGAAUUUGAUAGUCAGUCCAAUGUACUUCAUUAACCGUUCCAUCUACCAAUGGAUAUUCCAACGCUUCACAGAAGUAUACAUGUGCUAUUUUUCCAUUCAUUGUUACUACAUAAAUGGAAACAAAUUGUUAUAUAGUGGUGAUGAUUUGAUUGCCAACGAAAACCAGAUCUGGGUUCAAAAUCACACACAUUGGUUUGAUUUUGCUCCUAUUUGUAUGCUUUCUCCAAUGGUCGGGAGAAUAGGUUCUAUGCGUUUUUUUAUUAAAGACGAAAUUAUGAAACUUCCUUUUAUUGGAUUUGGACUUUAUUGGAUGGAUAAUAUAAUGUUGAAGAGAAACUUUGCAGACGACGAAAAACACAUCAACGAGACAUUCAAACGAUUGAGAAACAAAUACUAUCCUUUCUUGUUAAUUAUCUUCCCUGAAGGUACUCGAGCAAAACCAGAAAGAAUAUUAGAAUCACAAAAAUACGCAAAAGAGCACGGACUUCACGUCUAUAAAAAUCUGUUAAACCCACGGCCGUUAGGUCUUUUUCAUGCUCUUAAACAACUCAAAAAGGUAACACCAUAUUUGUAUGACCUCACAACUGGAUACGGACCAGGAGCUUCACUUGGGGUUGUGUUCUGCCCGGGCGAUGGGGUUGACAUUCAUGUACAUGGGAAAAGAUACUUGACAAAAGAUUUGCCUGAUGACUUUGAAGAGUUCAAAAAAUGGAUGGAAAAGAUCUGGAUCGAAAAAGACGAACUUGUUGACUACUUCAAUGAAAACAAAAAAUUCCCAGGUAAUGAGAAACAAUUACCGUUCACAUUCAAAUGGGCGGAUUUCACGGGGUAUAUGGAACCGGGGUGUUUUGAUAAACCAUAA